AUGUCGGGGAAAAAUGAGUUGUCGGACUUCGAACAGCAGCGCUUAGCAAAUAUUGCCGAGCGCGAUGCGCUGUUGAAGAAACUAACUCUCGAAUCGCAAUCCUCGGGACUCUUCGCAAGCCCUCAGACCUCCCGCAGCAAUGGCGCGAAACUGAAAAAGCGCGCAGCUCCCAAAGUGAAGACUGAGGAAGUUAUCACACCGCGGCGCACAUCCUCACGCCUUAAGGGCAUUGCGGCCGAGAGUGAAGUAGCGAAGCGCAAGGCCGACGACCAAUAUGAGGCGAUGCGCGAAGCAGAUAGACUCAAGAGGAUGCGCCGGACAGACUCAUUCAGCCAGGCGGAUAUGUUCAUUUCUGGGCAGAAGCUUAGUCCUGAUAGCCUGAUCGGCGUGGAUGUUAUCACCAAGGGUGUUGCAAAGCCCUAUGAGAGGACCUUUGGGGAAGAUGAAAUUGAGAAGACGACGGACAAAGAUCUAAAGGCUCUUCGGGAGGAGAUGAAUGGGCUGAAAUUGUGGGAGUCUUGGGACCCUCAACGGAUCAAGAUCACCCCGGAGCGUGUGUAUAGCAUGGUCUUUCACCCAUCCGAAUCCAAACCUCUUAUAUUCGCGGGCGACAAACUAGGUCAUCUGGGCAUGUUAGAUGCUUCGCAGGAAAAGCCUACCCCGGGCGAAGACGACGACGAGGAUGACUUUGAUCCAGAUCCAGUCCUAACCACAUUGAAGCCACAUACUCGGACCAUUAGCGCAAUGAUGGUCAACCCCUCAAAGCCGACACAUUUGUAUACGGCAAGUUACGACAGCUCGAUUCGAUCACUGGACUUGGAGAAAAUGGUCUCUUCAGAGACCUAUGCUCCCGAAUCUACUACUAUUGACGAGGCACUCUCCGGAGUAGACAUGGCUCCCGAUGACCCUAACACAUUGUACUGGACUACACUCCAGGGUGGAUUCGGGCGAUACGAUACACGAACGCCGCGGAAAGAUACCAAUGUGUCAAACUGGGAACUCUCUGAGAAGAAGAUCGGGGGCUUCACACUGUGUCCCACCCAGCCCAACUACUUCGCCACGGCCAGUCUAGAUCGAUUCCUGAGACUGUGGGAUCUGCGCAAGCUGUCGCCGGAGGAUCCCAUUCCUGUUGCCGAGGAUGAAAGCCGGCUGUCUGUUUCCCACGCAGCUUUCAAUUCUGCUGGGCAGAUUGCCACCUCGUCCUACGACGACACAUUGAAGAUAUACGAUGUGGGCGCAAAGGGUCUCUUUUCGUGGAAGCAGGGCCACACACUUUCAGCAAAGGAGUUUAAGCCAGACACAGUUGUCCGCCACAACUGCCAGACUGGCCGCUGGGUUACUAUUCUCCGCCCUCAAUGGCAACCUAACCCGCAAUCUUCCAUCCAGCGCUUCUGUAUCGGCAACAUGAACCGUUUUGUCGACGUGUACAGCAGCAAUGGGGAUCAGCUUGCACAGCUUGGUGGAGAUGGGAUCACGGCUGUUCCUGCCGUGGCUGUAUUCCACCGUAGCAAGAACUGGGUUGCUGGUGGCACCGCUAGUGGCAAGCUCUGCUUGUGGAAGUGA